UCGCGCGCGCGCGCACCUCUGUGUGACGCUGUGAGGACGCGCACGCCUCGCUCUCCGUUUUGUCCACGCCCCCCCCCUCCCCACCCCCCCCCCCGCAGCUUUCAUCCCAGCGCUGCCAUAGGUCCGGUGCAAAGGACGCACAAAGAUGCCCAGCAAGAGAAAGAAGAACAAGCGUCGCAUGAGGAGGGAGCAGGCCCAGAGGAGAGGCCUCGAAGAGCAGCAUGCAGCCGACCCGCCAGCCAAAGCCACUCCUGCCAUCGCAGUGGGCGCGCCCCCUGCAGCGACCUCAAAGAAAGCAGCCAAAACUCCAGCUCCAGCAAAGAUCCCGGUGGAAGUUGAGAUUGUUGUCCCCACCGCGAAGACCCCCAUCGUUAACCUAGAACUAGUUGUGGAAAAGCCGGCCCCGGUGCCAGUGGAGAAGCCGGCCCCGGGGCCAGUGAAGGAGCCGGCCCCGGUGCCAGUGGAGAAGCCGGUCCAGGUGCCAGUGAAGAAGCCGGCCCCAGUGCCAGUGGAGAAACCGGUCCAGGUGCCAGUGGAGAAGCCGGGCCCGGUGCCAGUGAAGGAGCCGGCCCUGGUGCCAGUGAAGGAGCCGGCCCCGGUUCCAGUGGAGAAACCGGUCCAGGUGCCAGUGGAGAAGCCGGCCCCGGUGCCAGUGAAGGAGCCGGCCCCGGUACCAGUGGAGAAACCGGUCCCGGUGCCAGUGGAGAAGCCGGCCCCGGUGCCAGUGAAGGAGCCGGCCCCGGUUCCAGUGGAGAAACCGGUCCAGGUGCCAGUGGAGAAGCCGGCCCCGGUGCCAGUGGAGAAGCCGGCUCCGGUGCCAGUGGAGGAGCCCGUCCCAGUUGGGGUAGCGGUGCCAGAGGUGGAGGCUGUGGUGUUGGAGCAGACCUCGGCAGUGGUUGAGGUCGAAGUCCCAGCUGCGACUGCUGAAGAACAACUGGUGGUUGAGGCUUCACCGGUAGAGCCCUUCACGGUUGAAGCCCUGAGAGUGCAGGAGGCUGAACCUAACAUUCCUGAACCAGAACCAGAACCAGUGACGCAGCUCAUACCCCCAGCUGAGGCUCCAGUAGCAGCCCCUGUUGACACCCAGAUUCAGGCGGAGGCGACUAUCAUCCCAACCACAGAGACCGCACAGGCGGAGACGGAGGCCGCCGGGGCGACGAGGGCUGUGACCGAAACAACAACUGAAGGAGGUGCCGUCGAAGCGGCGGCGCCGGAGCCGGAGCCGGAGCGGGGGGCCGAAGCUGCGGCGAGUCUUGCGGUUCCGGCCGGGGGGGAGGGGGAGGGGCCGGCCGAAGAAGACGCACCCGAGGUCCUGCCCGAGCCCGUUGCCAUGACAGAGGAUGCUCCCGCUCCAGCUGUAGAAAUCCCAGUGUAUCCGUCGUGUCCCCAGGCGCCAGAAGCCGUCUCCGAGGCUCUGGCAGAAGAGGCGGAAGCCCCUCUAACUGAAGCCAAAGAGAGCGUUGCCGACAGCUUGGCUGAUGACUCCGUCGUCACAGAACCCGUCUCGGCAGAGGAUGUGGCCAUUGCACGGGCUGUUGAGGUCCAGUCGGACGCCGCUGCUGAGCAGAAAUGUUUCGAGGUGCUUCCAGAAGAGCCGAAGCCGGAACUCUGCGACACACCGUGUCAGAUGCAGCUCGCCUCGAUGGUAAGAGCAGAGGCCUCGAUGGAGACGUCGGCGGAAGCGUCGCUGAAUGGACACGUCGUCCCGGAGGUCUCCAUCGAGGGCUAGAGUCGCUUCACGCAACUCGGAUGAGCUUUUUCUCUUUUGUCUUUAUUCCCCUUGGGCCAUUUGGAGGACUCAAAGCUUUACAGCUGAUCUCGUUCAUUUUUUUUUAGGGCUUACGCACGGAAUUCUAAAAAAGAACAUCCACACUUUGAAGUGCCUUUUCUGGCCCCCGGUUCCUGAAACAUCAAACCAGAUGUCACCACGCCAACAAAAAAACACGCAGCGCAACAGGCUUCGGUCGAUGCAGCUAUGGCAACCAACCCAUCAUGGCUACUUUCUUUUUUUUUUUUUAAAUCUUGAUUUCCUCCCCGAAAACACAGGCAGUGAAUUUGCAUAAAGAGCGGAAGCGGACGAGCUCGAGAGGCGUCGGUUCAUCUCUGCGGCGCUUUGGCGUCAUCGCUGCACGCACUCAGUGCAGGUGGAAUCCGUGGCGGCUGUGGUUGAACCAGUUGUUCGUAUGGGCGGGAGUCACUACUUGCUGGGUUUUUUCUUUUUCACAUUUCAAAGGCUUUUUACCCUCAAACGGACACUCUUUACAAGCCUCUAUAUGGGCCCUCGUUUGUGUCCCCUUCACUGUCCCCCUGGUCCCCUCUCUGCCUCGACCCAGUGGCCCCUGGAUGAGGGGAGUGGGAGUGAGGUCUUUAUUUCUUUUCUUACACUUUAAAAAAAAAAAAAAUGUCAUUUUGUAUGGAAACUAUAAUGUGCUGGAGUCCCGUGUUCAACAUCUGUGCUCUGGAGGGGAAAUGUAACGUGAUCCGGUGUAAAGGAUCACUGUCAAACUGACGUUGGUCCAACUUUUAAAUAAAGCUGUAACUCAUUGUGA